ACUUCGUCAUCCACAAUGCCUCGCUGCAAUCGUAAACAUAGACCUGUCAAACAACACAAACGCCAUCUUGACAGCACCCUCAAAAUGGCAGAAAGAUGUGAGCUAGAAACCGAGUCCGAACUAAGAUUCCUGCUCUCUGCUGUUUAAAAGCGGACUCGCCAGUUUUCCAUAAGCGAGUUGUUAUGGGGUUUGUGUCCAGUGCGGCAGCGCAGAGCCUGUAAAAUGGAUAUAACGACGGCGGUUUUCAACGCGGCCAGAGAUGGUAAGCUGAAACUUAUCCAGAAGUUGCUGAGCAACAAAACUCCUGAGGAGCUGGAGGCUUUAGCCGAGGAGAAAACACAGGGAGGCACCCCUCUGUUGAUAGCCUCUCGAUACGGACAUUUAGACGUUGUAGAUUACCUCCUUGAACAUUGUAAAGCAAAUGUUGAACUCGGCGGGGCGGUUAACUUUGACGGCGAGACCAUCGAGGGGGCUCCGCCGCUAUGGGCGGCGUCGGCAGCCGGUCACCUCCCUGUGGUUAAGACGCUACUAAAACACGGUGCCUCAGUGAACAACGCAACACUAACUAACUCAACGCCGCUCCGAGCUGCCUGCUUUGACGGGCACCUGGAGAUCGUCCGCUACCUGGUGGAGCACAGAGCCGACAUGGAGGUCGCCAACCGCCACGGCCACACCUGCCUCAUGAUCUCUUGUUACAAGGGCCACAAGGAGAUCGCCAAGUUCCUCCUGGACCGCGGUGCGGAUGUCAACCGCAAGAGUGUGAAAGGAAACACCGCCCUUCACGACUGUGCUGAGUCAGGUAGUCUAGACAUCAUGAAGAUGCUGCUGAAGUGCAAUGCCCGCAUGGAGAGGGAUGGUUAUGGUAUGACACCGCUCCUCGCUGCAAGUGUAACGGGUCACACCAACAUCGUAGAGUACCUCGCUCACCAGCCUCGCACCUCCAGGGAGGAACGCAUUGAUGCACUUGAACUCCUUGGGGCUACUUUUGUGGACAAAAAGCGGGAUCUCUUGGGGGCAAUGAGGUACUGGAGAAGGGCCAUGGAGCUGAGGCAACCAGGGGAUAAAGCUGGAUCCCUGGCCAAGCCUCCUCCUGGUCCCCCUAUCCCUGCUUACGGCUGUGCACAGGAGGUGAGCACUGCAGAGGAACUGGAAGCUUUGAUCACAGACCCUGAUGAAAUGAGGAUGCAGGCCUUGUUGGUUCGAGAGCGCAUCCUGGGGCCUUCCCACCCAGACACCUCUUACUACAUCCGCUACAGGGGAGCCGUUUAUGCUGACUCCGGCAACUUUGAACGCUGCAUCAGCCUGUGGAAAUAUGCUUUAGACAUGCAGCAGAGCAACCUCGACCCUCUCAGUCCCAUGACAGCCUCCAGUUUCCUGUCCUUUGCAGAGCUCUUCUCUUUUGUUCUUCAGGACCGGGCCAAAGGCACCCUGUCAACGCGCAUCACCUUCCACGAUCUGAUGACUGUGCUGGGGAAAAGUGUGAGGGAGGUAGAGAGAGCUGUGGCGCAGAAGGACAACCCUCCAGAAGCUCCCCAGUUCACCAAAGCCCUCUCCAUCAUCCUGCACCUUAUCUUUCUGCUGGAGAAGCUGGAGUGCAGCCCAGAGCAAGAGCAUCAGAAGAAGCACACAGUGUACCGUCUGCUAAAGCUGAACCCUAGAGGACGGAGCGGCUUCACCCCUCUCCACAUGGCUGUAGACAAGGAAACCACGUCUGUUGGUCGAUACCCUGUUGGCCGCUUCCCCUCCCAGGCGGUGGCAGCGCUGCUCCUAGAGUGCGGCGCGGACGUUGAUUCACGCGACUGUGAGAACAACACACCACUGCACAUCGCCGCUAACAACGGCUGCCCUGAGAAUAUGGCGCUACUUAUGAAGGCCGGGGCUCACUUUGACGCGACAAAUGCACAGAAGAAGACGGCCUACGAGCUGCUGGAUGAGCAGAGCAGCGGGCACCCGGCCCUCUACCCCCUGAACUAUGUCACCCUUCAGUGCCUGGCAGCGCGUGCAAUUGAAAAGCACAGACUGCCCUACAGGGGACUCAUCUCUGAGGAGAUGGAAGCUUUCAUUGAACUGCACUGACUCCUACUGUCCCCUGAUGAGGCACCCCUGCACUACACUUCCUGUUAUCCCCCCAUACAAUGACCUGCCACAAACUUCCUUCUUCACGCCAUUCUCCUCAUCUUUGUCUCCUUUUAACUGCUUCGCUCCUGGCCCUACCAACCGUGUGUCAGACCAAACCAUAGCAAUAAACAUCCAGCCUCUGGGCCUUAAACUCAGGCUUAGAUCUGGUCAGCUGUUGCUUGACUCUAACAUUAAGUCACAAAGACUUUCAAAGUGAUUGAUUGUAUAAAGCUGGGUGAGACUUCAACUCAAUCUAGGCUUUAAUGCAUUAUCCCUCUUUUUGUCCCAGUAAAAAGGAGACUUGCGGUAUGAUGGCGCUUGUGUGUGUUUGGUGGCUGGAUUGUAUAAAAGAUGGGUUUUAGUAUUACUGAUAGGAAGCAUCUGAUCAAACUCGCCAGAUAACAUGCAUGAAAAUGAAGAGCAGAUUCAUUCAGAAAGGAAGUCUUUGAACAAACUCGACCACCAAUACUUAGUUGCGGUUCUGCAUGUUCACAUGUACCAUCUGCUGUGUUUCUUUGAUAUGGGAAGGUGUCAAAUUUAUUGUGCCAAAUGUCAGCCAUGGAGCCAUGUUCUGUUACAGACUGUAAACAGAAUGACAAGCAACUAACUUAUUAUUAACUUUAAAUUAAAAUAAUUAUAAGUGGAAGUAAUAACCUAAAGGUGAGACAUAGGCUACGUGAAGCUUCCACUUCCAGAAGAUAUUUCAGACUGUGACAUGAUUUGCCUGCAGAGCCAUCCUUUUGAAAGACUGUCAUGAGGUUGAGGAUGAGUGGUAUCCCUUGGACUAAGUAAAAAGAGCUGGUACCGUUGUUUGGCUGACAGUCUCCGCACAACAUUUAUAACCUAUGCAGUUUGUGAUAUCCCAAUCAGAGGCGAUGUUUUACAAGCAAAAACACACUACAUAAACAGAUUUUACAUGGGAUUAUUCUUCCAUUUUACAUGCUUAUCUUAACAGGAUAAAUUGGCUGAAAUCUGCUGCCGCUUCACUGACACUGAAUUACUGUCUCCCGAAUUUAUGAACUAAGAAUGUUUUCUUAAAAUUUCUGCCUAUGUCCGAAAUGAACAAUUUCAAACUCGAGCCUAAAGUGUGCCUACAUCCCUCUACUUCUAGAUAAUGUCAACGUCAACAAAGAUAAUUAAUUCACUGUCAAAGAAGCAGCAUCAGAAGUAGGACAUUUUGUGAUGAUCACAACAGAGCCUAAGGCCUCGUGUUUGUACCCACGAGAAAAUCAGUCCGAGAUCAUGUGUCACUUCUGGAGUGAAUUUUCCCUUUAACCUCGGAUGCAGUUCACAGAAACGGAACAGAUGGCUCUCUGGCCAUUCCUGCAUCUUAAUAUUAUUUUUAAAGCUCUCUCUUUUGUUUAUCCUGUUUCAUCAUGAAUGUUUUAUUUGUCUGUCUGUGCUAAGCACCACCAAGAAAACUGAAUGCAGACUGAGAGGCUCUAAAUCCUAAAUAGGCAACUUACAUUCAGGCUAUGAACUGUCGCUGCCUUUCUCUUUCUCAACUGAUUUGUUUAACUGAUGAUAACUCGAGAACAAAAGUGUGUUGGAGAUACUUGAAUAAAAUUCAGUGUCACACAACA